AUGUCCAUGACUAUGAAUGCGGUUCGUAAAACUUGCCCAAAGCGUAAGAAAACAAUCCAAAGCAUUAGAGAUAAUGAUAUGAUACAGAAGCGAAUCCGUAGUACUGGAAAUCAAAUUCAAUACAUCAAUGAUUAUGUUGAUAAAUAUUUUGGUACUCAUGUUACAUCUGAGAUCUUAAUGACGCUUGCUCGUAUUGCCAUUGAAAAGUUCAAUUUACAGAUAGAUAGACUUGCCAAGCGUAAUCGCACAGCCCUUCUGUGCUGGUAUGCUGAAAAUUGGGACUCAAUUCUUCAGAUACUAAAUGGGUUUAACUUCAUGUCCAGUCAAAAUCGUCCACCUGUCGAUAAAAUAGCAGAAGUUUCAAAUCAAUGUCUUCCAAAGCAGCCCCAACCAUGCUGCGAGUAUACUGAUCCAUAUGAUCUAUCGUUAUUAUUGAAUGUACAUUGA